CAAUGGGAAGCCGCGAUAACUAAGAUACGCGAUCUUCCGGCGUUCUCGCGGUUCCUGCUUCCACCUUCGUAUGAAGAUCUGCAAGCGGCAGCGCGCCAGGGCCCGGUCAUCAUCCUCGUUGCCAGUCAAUACUCGUGCAGCGCCAUCAUCGUCCCGACGUCAGGAAACCCCCAUCAUGUUCCUUUGCCGUCUGUCACCCUUGCAGAUCUGACUAAUCUCAAGGAUCGCUUCGCCAGGGCAAUACGAGAUUCAUCUCGGAUGAACCCAAGGGAGUCGAGGACGGAUCUCAUAGUGCUCUCACGGAUAAUAUGGGACCAAAUCAUGCUACCCAUCGUCAACGUGCUCGAGCACGUCCUCAAACUAAAGCGCCGCUCUCGAAUCUGGCUGUGUCCCACUGCAGCUUUCACGUCCAUUCCUCUCCAUGCAGCUCAUCCAUUUCAAACAAAGGCGGAUCGUUCUGGGAAGGAGCCAUGCCUGGAGGACCUCUACAUUUGCUCUUACACCCCGACACUUUCAGCUCUAAUUAGAUCUAGACAGUUGAUGAAGAAACGUGUGCCUCCUUCCUUUGUGGCUAUCGGACAGGGUCAACCAGGUGCAGGGAAAGGCAAGGCGCUCUUGGCAGUCGAAAGCGAGCUCGAGCUUGUCCAUACACUCGUCCCCGCGAUGGCCAACCGCACUACUGUUUCUGGCGACGCAGCCACACGAGCAGGCGCACUCUCAGCUUUGCAGCAGAACACCUGGGUGCACCUUGCUUGUCACGGCAAGCAGGACCCUACGCAGCCUUACGAUUCACAUUUUGUCAUGAGAGACGAACAUCUGACGCUGCUCGAUAUCAUGGAGAGACAUGUUCCGCAGGCCGAGUUCGCGUUCUUAUCGGCUUGUCAUACUGCCGUCGGCGAUGAGGAGACGCCCGACGAAGUGAUCCACCUCGCAGCUGGUCUCCAGUUUUCGGGUUUCAAGAGCGUCAUUGGCACGUUGUGGGAGGUCGAUGACUCUGUCGCAACACACGUCGUCGAAGCUUUCUACAAGUAUAUGUUCGGAGAUUUGAAGGAUGGUGGUGUCAUGGACUGCACGAAGGCAGCCUGGGCACUCAACUGUGCUACGCACUCGGUGAAAACGAAAGUGCCGCUUGAGCAGAGGAUGGUUUUUGUUCAUAUUGGUGUGUAA